AUGAAAUCUUCAUUAUAUUUUAAUUUACUUCUACAAUUAUCUAAUUUUGGAAUUUCUCACUCCAAAGAUAUCCAAUAUCAUAAACGUUCCACAAGCAAUGAAGUGCACGAAGCUAGACAUAAUCAUAAACGUGCUAUUGCAACAACCCUUACCACUUUGACCACCUAUGUUGAUGUUAUGUAUACUAGUAAUUCUGAAAAAUCAACCACUGUCCCUUCUGCUUCCACCACAAUUUCUUCUUCGUCCUCUGCUUCAUAUUCUUCUGUCUCUGCUUCCUCUUCUUCUUCUUCUUCUUCUUCUUCUUCUUCCUCCUCCUCUUCUUCAAGUAUCGAUGGUGAUUUAUCUUCGUUCUCUAACCCAAAUGUUAAAUUCGAAGAUGGUGUCCUUGAUUGUUCUGCUGGUGUCCCGACUGGUAACGGUGUAAUUUCCCUUGAUUGGGUUGGACUCAGUGGUUGGGCUUCCAUUAUGAACGAAGACGGUAACACUCAAACUUCCUGUCAAAGUGGUUACUAUUGUUCUUAUGCUUGUCAAGCCGGUAUGUCCAAGACCCAAUGGCCAUCCUCUCAACCAAGUGAUGGUGAAACCCGUGGUGGUUUGAUUUGCACGGAUGGGAAGUUGUACAGAACCAACACCGACAAUGACUACUUGUGUGAAUGGGGUGAACAAACUGCUAAUGCUGUUUCUCAAAUCGAUAAGGUUGUCUCUUUGUGUAGAACAGACUAUCCAGGUUCCGAAAACAUGGUUGUCCCAACUAGAUUGACUGCGGGCUCCACCAAACCAAUGUCCGUUGUUAACUCUGGUACUUACUUCAAAUGGGAAAGCAAAGGUACAUCCUCUCAAUAUUACAUUAAUGAUGCUGGUGUCGAUGUUGAAGAUGGGUGUAUUUGGGGUACCGAUGGAAGUGGUAUUGGUAACUGGGCACCAGUCGUUGCCGGCGCUGGUAUGACCGAUAGUGUCACUUACUUGAGUAUUAUUCCAAACCCAAACAACAAGACUCCGCCAUCUUACUCUUUGAAAAUUGAAGCUGCUGAUGGUGCCAGUGUUGUGGGAGAUUGUGUUUACGCUAAUGGUGUUUAUAACGGUGAUGGAACUGACGGUUGUACUGUUAGUGUCACCAGUGGUACCGCCAACUUUGUUUUCUAUUAG